AUGUCCCCCAUAAGAAACAAGAAAAAGGGGCAACAUGUGAAAAACUUUGAGAAAUUCUUAGAGUUGUUCAAGAAGCUAGAAAUCAACAUUCCACUUUUGGAAGAACUUGAGCAAAUGCCUACCUAUGCCAAGUUCAUGAAGGACAUCCUUUCUAAGAAGAGAACCAUUGACACAACCCCGAUUAUCCUAACCGAAACUUGUACUGCUAUUUUACAGGCUAUGAAAAUUCCAGUGAAGAAGAAAGGUCGAGGUUCUGUCACCAUCCCAUGCACCAUUAGAGAUAGGUCAUUCAAAAAAGCUCUUAUUGAUUUAGGAGCAUGUGCGAGUCUCAUGCCUUUAUCCAUUUACAAGAAAUUGGGUAUAGGUGUUGUGCAAGACACCAGGAUAACACUUCAAUUUGUCGAUCAUUCGGUUAUGAAACCUUAUGGUAUAGUUGACGAUGUUCUAGUGAAGAUUGAUAAGUUUGUAUUCCCAGUGGAUUUUGUGAUUCUAGAGAUGCCCGAAGAUGACGAGAUUCCUCUCAUUCUUGGGAGACCCUUUUUAGAGACCGAAAGGUGUUUGAUAGACAUAGAGGACGGUAUUAUGACUUUGAAGGUCUAUGAUGAGGAAUUAAAAAUUGAUGUUUGA